UCACGGCAGCGCAGCUGAGUAGGUAUUAUUGCUAGGUGGAUAUAUACGCCAGGCACGCGGAUACUUGCUUGCUCCUCCCGCCGGCUGCUACUUCCGGGCCCAUUGCUCUUUCCCAUCCUCAUUCUCAAUUUCCCAUUCAUUCUCUUUUCACCUACAAAACCCCCUCCUUCCUAAUUUUCAAUCUCGGGUGGUAUCACUUCCAACUACUUGAACCAAUCUUUUUAUCGACUGCUCAUUCAUAGGCAUCAUCCACUUUUGUCAGCCAAGAAUGACGUCCGAGAAGGACGUGGAGACGCCGGCCGGCGCCCACGGGCACCGAGCAUCCUCUUCGGAGCAGGGCACCCUGACGGAACGGGACACUCGACAAAACUUCAACGCAUCAAGCGAUUUGGAAAAGGGUGAAAAGACUGAAAUGGAAGAGAGAAAGAGCUUCGACGAUGUUGAGGACACGCCCGACAGCGAGCCGUACCAGGAGGACAUCGUCGUCGAACGCAUACAUACAGGACACUCCCACACCAGCGCCAAAAGUCGGCUCUCCCGCAUAGCAAGCCUAGCUUCCUCCCGCCGCAAAAAGGAAAAGGAGCAGCUCCCUCCCACGAUCCACCCCGUCUCCGACCUCGACAAUGGCCUCGUCGGCUGGGACUCCCAAGACGACCCGGCCAUGCCCAUGAACUUCCCCCGGCGCCGCAAGUGGAUCAUCAUCUGGUUCCUGGCCGGCAUCACCUUCAUGACCCCCUUCGCCUCGUCCAUCCUCGCCCCCGCCAUCGAGUACCUCAACGAGGACUACGGCAACGCAGACCUCACCCUCGGAACGCUGCCCGUGAGCAUCUACCUCCUAGGCUACGCCGUCGGCCCCCUGAUCCUCGCGCCCCUCUCCGAAAUGUACGGCCGCCGCCCUGUCCUCACGGCCGCAAACUUCUUCUUCUGCGCCUGGCUCAUAGGCUGCGCCCUCGCGCCCACGCUCAACUCCCUCAUCGUGUUUCGCUUCCUCACGGGCAUGGGCGGCUCCGGCUGCCUCGCCAUCGGCGGCGGCGUCAUCGCAGACAUGAUCCCCAUCGCCGAGCGCGGCACCGCAAUCUCCAUCUGGAUGGUUGGGCCCCUCAUCGGCCCGACAAUCGCCCCCAUCGUCGGCGCCUUCGUCGCUCAGGACGUGGGCUGGCGCUGGUGCUCGUGGAUCGCCUUCAUCGCCGCCACGCCAAUGGCCCUCGUCAUCGCCGUCUUCAACCAGGAGACCAACCCCCGCGUCCUCAUCGACCGCAAAGUCGCCCGCCUCCGCAAAGAACUGAACCGCCCCGAGCUCCGAAGCGUCUACGACGACACCACCGCCCCGGGCACCGCGCCGAAGUCCACCUCCCAGGUCCUCCUCCGCGGCCUCGUCCGCCCCAUCAAGAUGCUCUUCCUCUCCCCCAUCCUCUUCAGCGUAAGCCUCUACUGCGCCUUCGCCUACGGCGUCCUCUACCUCCUCUUCAGCACCAUCCCCCUCGUCUUCUCCUCCACCUACGGCUUCUCCGUCGGCACCACGGGGCUCGUCUACAUCCCCCUCGGCCUGGGCUACCUCAUCGGCAUGGCCUGCUUCACCCUCCUCUCCGACCGCACCGUCGUCCGCAUGACAAAGGCCAACAACGGCGUCUACGAGCCCGAGAUGCGCCUGCCCGACUGCAUCUACUUUGCCGCCCUCCUCCCCGUCACGUUCUUCUGGUACGGCUGGACCGCCCAGUUCCACACCCACUGGGCGGCCCCUGUCGUCGGCCUGCUGCCGUUCGGCAUCGCCAUCCUCGGCAUCUGGCAGCCCAUCCAGGCCUACGUCAUCGACGCCUACCCGGCCUACGCCGCCUCCGGCAUGGCGGCCUUUACGGUGUUUCGCAGCGUCGUCGCCGCCUUCUUGCCCAUGGCGGGUCCGUCCAUGUACGACGCCCUCGGCCUCGGGUGGGGCAACAGUCUGCUGGGGUUCAUCGCCAUUGCGCUCAUCCCCGUGCCGGCGCUGAUUUAUCGGUACGGAGGCCGGUUGCGCAAGUGGCAAAAACUAGAACUUUGA